GACCGCGUUGCACCGUGGACGCGCUUCAAACCGUGCUCACCGAUUGCCGCGCCGAGCUUGAGUCGAUGUACUCCUGGAGCUAAUUUCUUAUUCGCUUCGUAGGGCAAACCGUCCGCUGACAGCGUCAAGUGAAAUCGAUUUUAGAAGUCACCUCUGACUCCCAACGGAGCACGUUAUACGGUUGGUGUUCCUUCUUGAAACUUGACGUGUUUGGUCGGUGGACGCCACGUGAGCUGCUCGCGCACGUGUUCUCUGCCGGCGAAGGUGAUGCAGAUGACGACUACGGUGCAGCACGUUCGCAAGGCGGCGAGUGUGGUGCUGCAGAUUUUGCUACUUCAUUCCCUCGUGUCCUUCGGUGCACAGAAAGCUGGCGGUGGUCGGCGGCCGCCAGUCUCUUCGCCGCAGGGGUCGUCAAACGCGAGCUGCAGCAUGGCCGAGUUCGACGCCUGCAUGCGCAAGCUCAGCAGCAUCACCGAGUCCGACGAGCUUGCACUCGCCUCCACCAGGCACGAGCUGGACAUUCUCUGCAGCAAGUGGAAGGCGGGCCACCGCUGCGUCGACGAGCACAUGUCCCGCUGCUCGGACAGGCUCAAGCAGAUCCUCUACAACGACGUGGUGCAUGGCACGCGUCAGGUCAUGAAUGAGCUGUGCAGCCCGGGACGUAUGCAGAACGACUACCUUCGGCUGGCGCCAUGUUUCAAGAGCUUGUUUGUGGAAGGCGGCAAAUGCUCGCAGAAGUACAAGAGCAUGAUCCAGUGGUCUAAGGCAUCCACCGACAUGACAGAAGCCGCCAACGUCGAGGAAGGCCUCCGCAGGACCUGCUGCACGUUCAACGAGUACGUGCACUGCUAUUACGUCCACAUGCCGGAGCUGUGCGGCGAGGAAGGGCGCGACUUCUUCCGCACCUACACGGAAAAGAUGUCGGGGCCGCUGAUACACGAGCACUGUGCCUCCUACACGUACGACUCGACGUGCAGCGAGGCAGCCUCGACAGCGGCGCCGACCACCGCCGCACCGCGACAGCACCGGCGGCGGGCGGCGGCCGCCUGUUUGCUGCUCACGGCUGCGGCCACGUUGCUCUGACCACGCGGAUAGGCCUGGACAAGUAAUGCCUGCUAAGAAAAGAACCCGCGUGAUAGCACGAAAAAAAAAAAAAAAAGGCGAAUGUGCCCCAUUCGACUCAAGAGUGUGGUGCUGCGCAAGUGCUGUUUGACUGGUUGUUGUGCCAUGAAAUGCUCAGUACACGGGGACUGUGUACGCAAAAGAACACUUCCUGUUCUGUGUGUUUGCUUGUUUUUUAUUGUCCUCCCAGCCCGUGCCCUGAAAUAGCCAAUAUUACCUUUGUCUCUGUGCGCGUAGUUGGCCCAGUCACAAGCGUGUACAAAGCCGCGGCAGGGCCUUGUGGCUACUCGGCAGUGGCACCCCGGAGCAUCCUGGCCAGUGAGAGGUUCUGAAUGUGCUGAUCUCCAAGACAUUGUAGCAUCCCAAAAUAGCCAACCCAUGGAGCGUACCUGCGACGUCUCCAAAGUGUCGUUGCCUGGUGUUGGUGGCCCAAUUUCAGGCUGCGCGCGA